AUGUACGAAGUGAAAGAUAAGGUUUUCUUGGUGACUGGCGCGGCUAGCGGAAUCGGCGCCGUAGUAGUGAGAUCGCUUUUGGAAAAUGGAGCAAAGCGCAGGACGGCCUCCCACAAGCAUAUAGCAGCGUUAGAUAUUGAUGAGCCUCAAGGGACGGCUUUGGAAAAGGAAUUGAGUAAAAAACAUGGACAAAAUAGAAUAAGAUUCAUUGAAUGCGACAUCACGGUUCAGCUACAUAAUGCCGUGGACACCGCAAUACAAGAAUUUGGAUAUAUAGAUGUUGUUAUAAAUAACGCAGGAAUUAUGAGUGACAGUCCGGAUGUGUAUCUUAAAGAAAUAGCCGUCAAUGUGACCGCUUUGAUAACGAGUUCCCUCAAGGCAUACGAAUGGAUGCGACAAGAUCGUGGUGGAAAAGGUGGUACGAUAAUAAACAUUUCCUCGAUUGUCGGACUGAUGCAGUCACCGCUAUUACCGAUUUAUAGCGCAACAAAGAGCGCCGUCCUACAAUUCAGCAAUUGCCUUGGCAUGGAGCCGAACUAUGCACUGUCUGGAGUUCGCGUAUUAACAAUUUGCUUCGGCUGUACUGAGACGCCCUUGUUAGAUGAUCAAAAGUUGGGUGGAUUCACUAAGGAAAUCAAAGAGAAAAUACAAAUUGGUAUCAAAAAGCUGCCUCAGCAAAGUGCGCAAUCGGCCGCGGAUGGCUUGCUUGCGGCAUAUAGAAACGGCGGCAGCGGAAGCACUUGGCUGGUGACCUCUAACAGACAGGCGGAGGAAAUCACGCAAAACGUAAAAGACGCUUACAAAAUUCUCAGUCAAGGAGUGCUCGAU